GUCUGACGAUGAUGCACGCGCACAGGAGAGUAGCCUCGGUUCCUCCCUCCUCUCGAAUGUAGUAUGGAUUUUAGAAGGGUUGUCGAAAGGAUAAACAAUAACAUGACUUACUUAGCCUAUUAAACGCCGCAUGUUUAGUCUAUCACGUUGUGAAUUCAUUACAUUUUUUUUGUAUUAAAAUCCGUGCUCUUUUUAAGAUCAAAAUGCCGGAGUUUAUCUCUGUCGACGGGUUUAUCGCCGAGACCUUGGAGGACUAUAGCUCUCCUACAACCUCGUCCUUCACCACCAAAAUGUCAAGUUGUAGAAACGCAGUAGACAACAUCGAGGAGGCGUUGGACUGUGACAGAACAGUCUUGCAGAAAAUGAAGAAAGCUGCGAAAGCCAAGUAUGCUUCAGGUCAAGAUCAUAUCUCCCAUCUGGAGCUGUACAUCAGUUCCAUGGAGAAACUGGUUGUGAAUUUCCGCUCCAAUGGAGAGAAGGAAGUGGCCUCUGCCUUCACGAAGUUUGCUGAAUUUUCCAAAGAGCUGUUGACGCCAAUAAAGAACUUGUUAAAGAGCAUGCUGCACAACAUCAACUUCUUCCUGGACUCUCUAGUAAAAGGAGACCUGAAAGAGGUCAAAGGGGUAAGUCUAAAAUGUCAAAUAGCUGAUCUUGCCUACCUCAAUAUCAUUGUCGUAUUGCUUAUUUGUGAUGACCACUUUAAAAUAAUGCAACAUUUCUGUUCUCUUCUCCGUCAGGAUUUGAAAAAGCCGUUUGACAAAGCAUGGCGGGACUACGAAAAUAAAUUCACCAAGAUCGAAAAGGAGAAGCGGGAGCUGGCCAAGCAGUAUGGCAUGGUGCGCACAGAGGUGAGCGGGGGAGAGAUCGCAGAGGAGCUGGAGAAGGAGCGCAGGAUGUUCCAGCUACAGAUGUGUGAGUACCUCAUCAAAGUGAACGAAAUCAAGACUAAGAAAGGUGUCGACCUGCUUCAGAAUCUCAUCAAGCACUAUCACUCCCAGUGCAAUUUCUUUCAGGAGUGCCUGGUGGCCACAGAGAAGCUCAAGCAGUAUAUUGACGAGCUCACAGGAGCGCUGGGCACUAUCAAACACAGACAGGACGAGGAGAAGAGACAACUCUGCUCUCUGAGAGACCAGCUCCGGCCCUCACUGCAGCCUGAGCUCAAAGAGGACUCCUUGAGCAAGCAGACAUUCUACAGCAUGCACCAGCUGCAAGGCAACAAACAUUAUGGCACAGAGAAAGCGGGAUACCUCUACAAGAGAAGUGACGGGUUGAGAAAGAUGUGGCAGAAGAGGAAUUGCACGGUGCAGAACUGCUACCUAACUAUUGCACAUGGAACUCCCAACAAACCACCAGCCAAACUCAACCUGCUCACCUGCCAAGUCAAGCCCAGUCUGGAGGACAAGAAGUGCUUUGACCUCAUUUCUCAUAAUCGCACAUAUCACUUUCUUGCUGAUGACGAGCCAGUGUGUGUUGCGUGGAUCUCAGUGCUGACCAACAGUAAGCAGAAAGCCCUUAACGUGGCUCUGGAUGAGCGGAAGUCCAGUGGAGACAACAGUGUCGAGGACCUGACCAGAGCCAUUACCGAGGAUAUCCGCCGCAUGCCCGGCAACAACAUGUGCUGUGACUGUGGGGCGCCAGACCCAACCUGGAUCUCCACAAACCUGGGCAUUCUGACAUGUAUCGAGUGCUCUGGGAUACACAGAGAGAUGGGCGUGCACUACUCCCGGAUCAAGUCCCUUUCCCUGGACAAGCUGGGUACCUCAGAGCUAAUGCUGGCAAAGAACAUGGGCAAUUCAGGCUUCAAUGAGAUAGUGGAAGCCAAUGUCCUGAGUCCCUCACUGAAACCCACGGCAGAAAGUGACAUGAUGGUGCGUAAGGACUUCAUCCUGUGUAAGUACAUGGAGUGUCAGUUUGCCCAACACAGCAGCAGCUCCUUUUCCACUUUGAGAAGGAAUUUACAGGAGGCGGUGUGCAGCCGAGACAUCUUCAGCCUGCUCCAGCUCUAUGCCGUGAGACUGGACCUCAGCCAACCUCUGGCCAACCCUGUGCAGGAGAAUGGGGAAACUGCACUCCACCUGGCUAUCCUGCUGGCUGAUAGGACCUCGCUUCACAUUGUGGACUUUCUUGUUCACAACUGCAACAAUCUGGAUGUCCAGACUGCCAGGGGAAACAGUGCGUUGCAUUACUGUUGUCUGCACAACAGAACAGAGUGUCUUAAAUUGCUUCUCCGAGCCAAGGCCAACAUACAUAACAAGAAUGCGGUGGGCGAGACUGGGCUGGAUAUUGCUAGCAGAUUAAAGAACACGCACUGUGAGGAGCUGAUCAACCAGUCCCAGAGUAACCAGUUCAACAUGCACGUGGAAUACGAGUGGCAACUGCGUCAGGAUGAUCUGUACGAGAGUGAUGAUGACCUGGAUGACAAGACAGGUCCAGUACAGAAGGGCCGCUCUUCUCGGCCCUUCAAUCUGUACCAGACCCACACCAGCUCCUCCACCCUGGACCGAGGAGGAGGUGGACUCUUCAGUGUGGGUCGCAGGCUAGCACUGGCCCACAAUCAGAAGCGGGAGGUGUACGCUAGUCCAUGCCCUCACACGCGCAGCUUGGACAGCCCCCCGCCCGCUCCACUCUUCUCACCUGCCCCGUCUCUCCCUUCUAGGGUCAAAGCUCCAAAUGUCCCACCCCCUCCUCCCCCGGUUAGCCCACCAGUGGGCUGGGGUGGUAUCAUCAUCCCCACCACCAGUAGCAGCAGUAGCAGUAAGAAGAGGACCCCCCCUCCGCCUUUGGAUAUCCGCCACAAGCGCACCUACUCAGAGCCAACCCCCCAAGUGCCCCACAGCCCCCAUUCCUCCCGACAGAGCCACGCAGAUUAUGGGGUACCAUCAAAUUCAACAGGCUACAGUGGUCCAGAGUCAUCCUUCCAGAAGUGUGUCUCAGGGUCUCCAAAAUACUCUGUGACUGCCCUCAACUCCCUAUCUGAAGUGCCAGAGAGAGGAUUCCGCGCAGAUGGAGAGAGCAAAAAGUCCCACUUUGUCUAUCAGAUGCCUCAGCCCAGCAGGAGACACCCUCCUCUAAACUCCACCAUGGCCCCCUGCUCCAUCAGCCUGCAGUCCAAUGGGGCCUUCUCCCACCAAGGCGAUCCCCCACACCCCAUGCCCAGGAGAGCACUGCCCAAGCCAAAAAUGAUGCGGGUCCAAGCCAUCUAUGGCUGUGUGGGUGACCACCAUGAUGAGCUCACUUUCAACGAGGGCGAGGUAUUGGUUGUGCUUGGAGAGGACGAUGCUGAUUGGUGGCAUGGAUACGUUGAGGGCCAGCCAAACAAGAAAGGCCUGUUCCCUUCAUCUUUCGUCCAAUUGUUGUCUGACUGACACGAGCCAAAAAGCUGGAGGACAUGUUCUGUAAAGUAACCUGGCAACCUGCCACCCUUCCCCAAUGACUUCAGGACCAGGCUCAAACUUAUUCCAUACCUUAACUAACUGUUAACCUAUAGAUGUAGGGGCUACCGGACCUGGGCUCAGAGAUGGUUAACUCUGGACAUUCCUUUGAUCUCCAAUGAGUUGUUAGGGAACCUUUUUUCCUGAAAAAAUGUCUGUUUUUUCUGGUUGUGUUUUGCUUUUUCCGUGUUGUGUAUUUUAAAUGUGUAGUUUAAUGUGUUUAGUGUAUUUUGAUGUGUAUUGUGCUAUACAUGGCUCAUCUGGGAAAGAGACCUGGGUUUCAGCCAUGACUCCCUAUCAAAAUAAAGGUUUUUCGAAAAAAUACCCAAGGAUCAUGGGGCACACCGGGAACUUCGGUUCUGAUCAUGAAUGUACGCCGAUGGAGAGAACAUUGUUUGAACAUCACCGCUCAAGUUUUCUUCAUCUUGGGGAAGCCAUAUGUUUACAUUUUUUGCUUUAGUUUUUUUGUGACCAAAUCUUUUUUUUCUUUUUUUUUUCUUUUUCUUGAGGGGGUGGGGGGGGGGGGGGCUACACGCACAAUACAUAUAUUCAUAUUAUUGAAUAGUUAAAUCGCAUCCAGACUUGGGCUGCCAAUCAAAAAUAAGAAAAACAAUUUAAAAAGCAACACAAAUACAAACUGUUAAUCACCAUGAUUAUAACACAGAGCCAACAAGUAACAAUACAUUUAGUAUGUAAAAAAUGAAAUAAGUAAGUGAGCCUGUUUGUAUGUUUGGACUUUAUAGAUUGUUUAUUUGGAUGUGUUGGGCUUUAGCUGGGGUUAUUCUUUAGAGUCAAGUGUAUUUGUCCAGGCCUCAAUUGUUUCUUAAUUAGCACCAUUCAUUCUCACUGUAGAUCAUUCUAAUGGUAUAAUUUCUUAUAGUAACUGUAUCUUCUGAGGAAUUUGGAGAGAGUGAGGCUAUUGCCAUUUAGGAGCCAAGAUCUUUUUUUUGCGGCAGUGCUGCAUGCCAGCAGUGAUCAUCUCUGAUUUAUUGAGAGAUUCAAGGACCUAUCAUCGUUAAGUAACAUAGUAUAUGCAAAGCAUUGAAUAUUUAAAUUCAUGCCCAUACAUUUUGUAACUUUGUCCUAGCAGCAUUUAAGUGCAGACCACUCCCACAUCAUAUGAAAGAAUGUGCCUACUUGAUUUAGGGGACACAGUGGACAGUUGGGAGUUGGGGCCUGUUUCAUCGUAAAACGUUUCCUUGGUGUUAAAUACAGUCUGUGAACAAACUUAAAAUGUAUAAAUUGAUGGUUUUGGAUUGCAGGAUACCGAGGUCAUAUUUUUUGUUCAAAUUCACUUAGAUCUGUGGACAAUACUUUUUUAAUGGCUCGCUCAGAAUAUGAGCUUUCCAAAAGUUGUUUAUACAGGGCACUCGGAAAUUAUUCAGACCCCUUGACUUUUUCCAUAUUUGGUUACGUUGCAGCCUUAUUCGAACAUGGAUUAAGUAUUUUGUUUCCCCUCAUCAGUCUACACACAAUACCCCAUAAUGACGAAGCAAAAACAGGUUUUUAGACAUUUUUGCAAAUGUAUUAAAAAUAAAAACUGAAAUAUGACAUUUACAUAAGUAUAUUCAGACCCUUUACUCAGUACUUUUGUUGAAGCACCUUUGGCAGCGAUUACAGCCUUGAGUCUUCUUGGGUAUGACGCUACAAGCUUGGCACACCUGUAUUUGGGGAGUUUCUCCCAUUCUCUGCAGAUCCUCUCAAGCUCUGUCAGGUUGGAUGUGGAGCGUCGCUGCACAGCUAUUUUCAGGACUCUACAGAGAGAUUCAAUUGGAUUCAAGUUCGGGCUCUGGCUGGGCCACUCAAGGACAUUCAGAAACAAGCCACUCCUUCGCCCUAGUCGGAGGUCCUGAGCGCUUUGGAGCAGGUUUUCUUCAAGGAUCUCUCUACUUUGCUCCGUUCAUCUUUCCCUGGAUCCUGACUAGUCUCCCAGUCUCUGCCACUGAAAAACAUCACCAUGAUUCACCAUAGGGAUGGUGCCAGCUUUCCUCCAGACAUGACACUUGACAUUCAGACCAAAGAGUUCAAUCUUGGUUUCAUCAGACCAGAGAAUCUUGUUUCUCAUGGUCGAAGAGUUGUUUGUGGGCCUUUUGGCAAACUCCAAGCAAACUGUCAAGUGCCUUUUACUGAGGAGUGGUUUCCAUCUGGCCACUAUACCAUAAAGGCCUGAUUGGUGGACUGUUACAGAGAUGGUUGUCCUUCCGGAAGGUUCUCCCAUCUCCACAGAGGAACUCUUGAGCUCUGUCAGGUUCUUGGUCACCUCCCUGACCAAGGCCCUUCUCCCCCGAUUGCUCAGUUUGGCCCGGGCAGCCAGCUCUAGGAAUAGUCUUCGUGGUUCUUAACUUCUUCCAUUAAAGAAUGAUGGAGGCCACUGUGUUCUCGGGAACCUUCAAUGAUGCAGACAUUUCUUUUGUACCCUUCCCCAGAUCUCUGCCUUGACACAUCCUGUCUCUGAGCUCUACGGACAAUUCAUUCGACCUCAUGGCUUGGUUUUUCCUCUGACAUGCACUGUCAACUUUGGGACCUUAUAUAGACAGGUUUGUGUGUGUACCUUUCCAAAUCAUGUCCAAUCAAUUGAAUUUACCACUGGUGGACUCCAAUCAAAUUCUAGAAACAUCUCAAGGAUGAUCAAUGGAACAGGAUGCACCUGAGCUCAACUUCGAGUUUCAUAUAAAAGGGUCUGAAUACUUAUGUAAAUAAGGUAUAUUUGUUUUUUGUUUAAUACAUUUGCUAAUAUUUCUUAACCUGUUUUCGCUUUGUCAUUAUGGGUGAAUUGAUGAGAGAAUUUUUUUUUUAAAUCAAUUUUAGAAUAAGGCUGUAUGAAGCAAAAUGUGGAAAGGUCAAGGGGUCUGAAUACUUUCCCGAAAUGCACUACAUGAUAUAGAGAGAUCAGUCCUUUCGGCAGCCCAGAUCAUUUAUUCAUAAAUCCCAUUAUUGGAUAGUUCGGUAGUUGGGUUUCCCAAGGGACUCCAUAGGCUAGCAUAGUUGAACUAAAUUGUAAUUAGGAAAAAAAUGAGUUGCCUGGUAAUGUUUUUCAAAUCUUGGAAUAUACUCAAAGCAUUACUGUCCAUGACAUCGGCAAGGGUACAGAUUCCACAUUUGACCAUGGGGGGAAUGCAAAAAGGUCACAAGGUAUUAUUGUGAAAUAUUGGAGUAUGGGCGUGACGUUUUGAUUCCCAGUUACACUGAACAGAAUUAUGAAUGCAAGAUGGAAAGUGCUGUUCCCAUGUUUCAUGAGCUGAAAUAAAAUAUCACAGAAAUUGUC